ACAGUAGGUGGCGGUAUGCAGCUUAAAGUCGCUUGCGAUCCGCCAUGAUAGAAAAGAAGAAGAAGGAGGAGGAAGAGGAGCAGUCAGCUGAUGUAGAGGGAAGAGGUAACCUGAGCUUUAGGUUCUUCUGGGCAGACAUGGCUGCCCUCCCUCUGCUGAAGAAGAUGCUGGAGGACUUCCUGCCCCUGAUGCUGCUGAUCCAGCUCUCUGAGUGCGGCGUGUCUCUGAAUGCACCGGAUGCUGUUACACUGGAGGAAAGCUCUUCUGCGGUCGUCAUGGUUACCACCAGUUCGGCCGUCAGUCGCUCCACGCUGAUCCACCUGAACGUGACCUACAGCUCCAAGGAGAACUAUUCAUCCAUCGUCGCUCUGCCUGAACAGGUGUUGCUUCCAGAGAAGACCGCCUCAGUCAACUUUACGGUGAUUGGUCGCCAUGCUGGUCAGGUGACCACCUUCCUGUCCACCAACAACACAGAGCUGAACAGCCCGUCCACCAGGAUCCGGUUCAUAGUGAUCCACAGCCGGGUUCUGUCCGUGGUCGCCCAGGUGAUCGGGUGGGUUUACUUCGUGGCGUGGUCCGUGUCCUUCUACCCGCAGGCCUGGGAGAACUGGAGGAGAAAAAGUGUCGUAGGUCUGAACUUUGACUUCCUGGCUCUCAACCUAACGGGCUUCUUCGCCUACAGCGUGUUCAACGUCGGCCUCUUCUGGAUUCCUUACAUCGAGGAGGAGUUCCUUCAGAAAAACCCCAACGGGAUCAACCCGGUCAGCGCCAACGACGUCUUCUUCAGCCUGCACGCCCUCCUCCUCUGUGCGAUCUACGUCUGCCAGGCUGCUGUGUACGAGAGGGGGGGUCAGACGGUGUCGUGGACGGCCAGGUGUCUGCUGCUGAUUGGUUGGACCUUUGCUCUGAUCAGCCUUUUUGUGGCCGUCGCCCAGAAGAUCACCUGGUUGCAGUACCUGUACUACUUCUCCUACAUUAAGCUCGCCGUCACCCUCAUCAAAUACGUGCCGCAGGCGUACAUGAACUACCGGAGGAAAAGCACGGAGGGCUGGAGCAUCGGGAACGUCCUGCUGGACUUCACCGGUGGCAUCUUCAGCAUUCUGCAGAUGAUCGCUCAGUCCUACAACAACGAUGAGUGGCAGCUGGUGUUCGGUGACCCCACCAAGUUUGGUCUGGGCCUUUUCUCCGUGGCGUUCGACGUCGUCUUCAUGACUCAGCACUACUGUCUGUACCGACAGCCGCCACGGUACGAGGCCAUUCCGGAGCAGCGGGACGACUGAACCUCAAACGCUGCCCUACGGGAGCCUUUUCAGGCCAAAAAGGGAUUCAAUCUGCUGAGCGACGCCUUGGUUGGUUCUGCUCCAGCAGAUGUUGAUGAGCUGCUCUGAGCUCCAUGGACUCCGUCUGUUUUCUAUCAUGUCUGCUUUAUUCUGCUGUAAAUGUUCAUUAAAGUCAAUCUGUA